AUGCUGCUUCCCCUGUGCACCUACUUCCUCUGGCUAUCCACCAGUGACCUCUGGACUGUCCAGGCUAAGGACCCGGAUACUGAUGUGAGCACAAGGAGCCCUCAACGGGACUUGGCUCCAAAUAAUGUUGACUUUGCCUUUACCCUGUAUAGGCAUCUGGUGGCUCCAGCCCCUGACAAGAAUGUCUUCAUCUCUCCUGUAAGCAUCUCCAUGGCCUUAGCUAUGCUGUCUCUGGGCGCCCGUGGCCUCACACGGGUCCAGCUUCUCCAAGGCCUAGGCUUCAACCUCACCAAGACAUCUGAAGCUGAGAUCCACCAGGGCUUUCAGCACCUCCGCCAUCUCCGCGGGGAGUCAGACGCCACACUGGAGAUGGCUAUGGGUAAUGCCUUGUUCCUUGACCGCAGCCUGGAUCUUCUGGAGUCAUUCUCAGCAGUCGCCAAGCACUACUAUGACUUGGAGGCCCUGGCUACGGAUUUCGAGGACUGGGCUGGAGCCAGGAGACAAAUCAAUGAGCAUAUCAAAAAUAAGACCUAUGGGAAAAUUGUGAACUUGUUACCGACACUGGACAGUCCAGCCUCACUCAUCCUGGUCAACUACAUCUUCUUCAAAGGCACAUGGGCACACCCCUUCGACCCAGAAAGCACGAGGGAGGAGAACUUCUAUGUGAACAAGAGCACCGUGGUCAAAGUGCCCAUGAUGUCCCAGUUGGGCACCGUCAAGUACCUGAAAGAUUCUGAGCUCCCCUGCCAGCUGGUGCAGUUGGACUACCUGGGCAACGGGACCGUCUUCUUCAUCCUCCCAGACGAGGGGGAGAUGGACACGGUCAUCGCCGCACUGAGCAGGGACACCAUUCAGAGGUGGUCUGAGUCCCUGACCAUCAGCUACAUGGACCUACACAUCCCGAAGUUGUCCAUCUCCGGAGUCUACGACCUCAGGGCCAUCCUGGCGGACAUGGGCAUCGCAGACUUGGUCAACAACAGGGCAGAUUUCUCUGGCAUCACCCAAGAGGCCCAGCUGAAGGUGUCAAAGGUGGUCCAUAAGGCUGUGCUGCACCUGGAUGAGAAGGGCCCGAAGGCAGCUGCCCCCUCCAGGGUCAUGCUGAAGGCGGCAUCGGAGCCUCUUGCCGUCCAUUUCAACCAGCCCUUCAUUGUCAUGAUCUUUGACCACUUCACGUGGAGCAGCCUUUUCCUGGGCAGGGUCAUGAAUCCAACCUAACAGGGCGCCCCUAAGGGCCCCAGGACCAGCUGACUCUGCGCACCAGGGACCCCAUGGAAACACCCUGGGGAGGGGGAGGGUCCCCCCAGUCUUCCCCAGGCUCUUCUAAACUGGGGCAGUUGACAAACAUAAUGAAAUAUUGUGUCUCUGUACUUUCCUGACUUUGAUCAUUGCGCUCUGGCUAUGUAACGUGCAGCAGCUGGGUGAAAAGCAUAUGAAAACGCUACUGUUUUUGUAAA